GUUUUAGCGUUCAUAUUUGUAACAUAAAUCGACCUGUUGGUAUAUCGAUAAAAAUACGUGUAAAAAUAACUUAUUUCCGUUAUUAAAACUUUCUGCAGCUGAAAGACGUAGGCAUUUGUUAGGCAUGAAAGCAGUCUGCAAAUGUGGAAUACAAGAAAAACGAAGAUGGAUAGAGGCCCGGUGUGCAGAACCGCGUCAUGACGAAACCGAAACAAGGCGGCUGCUGCUUCUGGCCAGGCGUGAGUGGCAGAUGUUCGGCGGAUUCUGAUAAUCUUGUAUAUAUAUACCUACGCGUACAGAUGCUUGAAUAAAACCGAGUAUACGAAGAGGAGGAGGAUAUAAUAAUGUAAACACCGAGUCUUUCAUUCUUUUAAUUUUUAAUACAAAUAUUACAUUGCGAUCCUCGGCAAGUAGCAUAUUUUAAUCAUUGCUUUAUUUUGCUAUUGUCCUUGAAAUAAAAAUAAAAAGAGGCCACACGUUAGAAAUGCGCAAGGAUCGAGCCUCGUGCCUCGCAAAGGACUCCGAAGUCGCGUGCGUGCAAGCAAACGAGCAGUUGUAAUACGCAAACAUAUACCUAAGUAAGCAUUAUGAGUCCUGAAAGUUUAGUUUGGAGCAUUUUGUGUGCGUGCGUGCCUGCGUGUGUGUGUGUGUAAGAGCGCGAAGAACAGCAGCAGCCGUCGCCGCAGUCGUCCGCAGGCACCGGCACGCUUUCUAGAUAUAGAGAGAAUACGUGCAGCUGCUCCGGCCCAGAGGUGGGGACCGCAGCCACGCGACGGGCAUACGCCGCGUAAAAGUAACAGCACCCCCGGUAGUACAAUCUUUGCCACAUAAACCGGCUGUCUACGGUCCUUCCUACCGAGGCUCCUUAUUUUGCCUUUUUUUUUACUUGCUAUUACCUGAAACUCGCUUAUUUUGCUAAUCUCCGAGUGCGAUAGCGUAGAGAAAUUUGACUACUGCAUCGAACAGUGCGCGAGUGUCAUCGGAUUGUGUUGUGCUGUUUUUUUCAGAGUCAUUUAUGCCCUUUCAAAGGGGUGGAUUGCCAGUCGGCUGACGACCUGCACUCUAUCGGGACGAGGCGACUGGUGACAAUUCGCGACGAUGAAGAGGUCGUUGUCGGGCUUAGAUCUACAAACUAAUGAUUCUAAAAGACCGAAAGCAAUCGAAAAUGACGAAAAUUCACCGAAUAUAAAUCAUUUUGAUUACUGUCUUCUGGCUUUAGAGCGUAUAGAAGAAUUACAAAAGCAAAUUUACGAUGACUAUGAUUCUGACGAUGAUUUAGAAAACUUUGACGACGACGACGACGACGACGAAGAUGUAACAAAGGAAGUUUUAACGGAGGUGUUCGGUGACCUGCCCGGUAACUCGAAAAAUCCACUGACAACUUUAAUGGGUUCAACUUCAAAAUUUGAUCCGCCAAAAGAAUUCAAACCCGGAGAACUGUUAGGCUUCGAAUAUUGUCGAAUCGUUACUGCAAACUUUUUGAAAAAUAUCGACAGUCCAAUUUUUGACGAUUCAGGCCCCUCUCAUCUGGAUCCAAAGGAUAAAUACGACGGUGAAGUUGUGGAUUUUGAUGCGAGAGCACAGACUAUACGAGCUCUCGACCUGCACCUGGCAAUCAAACAGAGAGACUACGCGGCUCACCUUAUGGCUGAAUAAGUAACCGUUCCGUGUAACAUUACACUACCUUCAACUGUCCGUAUUUAACAUCGAAAAAUUUCAGCUGUAUUCGAGUAACUUUCAUUCUAGUCAAUUAAAGGGGCGUUCACUGUUUAGUGAAUUAUGCGUAUAAAAUCUCAGGUAAACAUUUUAGUUUACAUUUUCUCGUCCGUGUUAUUUAAUUAAAAACUGUUAAAUAAACAGAUAAUCGUAUUUGAAUUCUUCAUGCAAAUUUUCUGUGUGAUCAUAGCUAAACAAGCUAAUUGAUAAUUGAG